CCUCCCCCUCCCGCCUCUGGGCGGCCGGGUGCGGCGCUGCGUCUUCUCGCAGCCGAGCCGAGCCGCGCCGUUCCUGUGGCGGCCUUCAUCUUCCUCCCCUUCCCGGCGGCGGGGCUGGGGCCUGCCCGCGGCCUCGGGAGGAAAUGAAGGCGGUGGUGGCAGGGCCGGGCGGCGGCAGCAGGGGCUGAGCGGGCCCGGGGAGGCGCCGCCGCCGCCCGCAGCCGGGCGGGGGGGAUGUGUCGGCAGCCGGGGCCGCCCGAGCGGGCCGGCCGUGCCGCCGAGUGAGGCGGGACCCCGGCGCUGCGGGGAGCGGCGCUGGAGGGCCGGAAACAUCAACUUUAUAUGGCUCAUGCCUGACAACAUGCACCACCAGUGGCUGCUGCUAGCUGCAUGCUUUUGGGUGAUAUUCAUGUUCAUGGUUGCUAGCAAGUUUAUCACGUUGACUUUUAAAGACCCAGAUGGCUACGGUGUCAGGCAAGAGUCAUUGAUACUGACAGCUGUGACAAAAGUGGAGGAGGUACAUGCGCCAGAGGAAAAACAUUGGCCUGAAGAAUUCCAGCCAACUGGAAAAGCUUUUUCUGGAAAUCUGAUCCGCCAGCCCCUGGUUCAUAUGGAAAGACUUGAGCUUCUCAGGAACAUCUGCAGAGACACUGCAUUGAGAGAUCUUUCUCACACUGCAGUUUCCAAAUUCGUCUUGGACCGAAUAUUUGUGUGUGACAAGCACAAGAUCCUGUUUUGUCAGACGCCAAAAGUGGGCAACACUCAGUGGAAAAAAGUCUUGAUUGUUUUAAAUGGGGCAUUUUCUUCCAUAGAAGAGAUCCCAGAAAAUAUUGUACAUGAUCAUGAGAAGAACGGCCUUCCACGUUUGUCCUCUUUCAGUGACUCUGAAAUUAAAAAACGACUGAAUUUAUACUUCAAGUUUUUUAUUGUUAGAGAUCCAUUUGAAAGACUUAUUUCUGCAUUUAAAGACAAGUUUGUGCACAAUCCUCGGUUUGAACCUUGGUACCGGCAUGAAAUUGCUCCCGGCAUCAUUCGUAAAUACAGAAAGAACCGCACAGAGACCAAAGGGCUGCAGUUUGAGGAUUUUGUGCGCUACCUCGGUGAUCCCAAUCACCGAUGGUUGGAUGUUCAGUUUGGUGACCACAUCAUUCAUUGGGUAACAUAUGUGGAACUUUGCGCUCCCUGUGAAAUCACGUACAGUGUGAUUGGACACCAUGAAACCCUGGAGGACGAUGCUCCGUAUAUCUUGAAAGCAGCCGGCAUAGACCACCUGGUAUCAUACCCCACCAUUCCACCAGGCAUAACAGUGUACAACAGAACAAAAGUAGAGCGGUAUUUUUCAGGAAUUAGCAAGAGAGACAUAAGACGCCUCUAUGCACGAUUUGAAGGUGAUUUUAAACUCUUUGGUUAUCGGGAGCCAGAUUUCUUGCUGAACUGACACCUGGGAUAAGCUCUGAAGAAGUGUCUCGUGGAUUCAUCUAAACCUGCGUGAAUACCAGCUGCAAUGUUGACAGAGAAUGACCAUUUGUUUUCUAGCUUUUUGAUGUUGCUCCAUUUUUCAGUGAAAUAUUUGUCAUAUGAACAAGUAGGGGCUUACAGUUGUUUACCGACCAUGUUUUCAGUAUAUGACAUUGCAAUAUGUUAGGAAUGGUGUCUCUGUUAUCUGAAAUACAGAAUUUCACUUUGCCCUUCUCCCCUCCAGGAAAAAAAGAGGGAGAAUAAAUGGGCUGUGAUCUUGCUCUCCUUCUCCCAGACAGAAUGCCAUUUUUGAAAUGUUGUGAAAUAUUUAUAAAGAUGGCAGUUUCGCUGUAGGUUAACUCUGACAUGUGGGUAAACGUGAUGAUUCAUACUCAUGAGGAAGUAGUGUAGUCUCCCAUGAGCUUUGUAAAUGAGAGGCCAGUAUAGGACUAAAAAUUGACAAAAAUUGUCUAGGUUCUGUCAUGUGGCUGCUAUAACUGUAAUGCUGAUCUAAUCCCACUCUUGUUUGUCAAAAAAUGAACCUAAUUAGACAGACGCUUUAGAGGUGUUAAAAAUGGGACUGGUUCCAGACCCCAGUUGUCUCCGUAUUUUUGUCAAGUGUUUACUGUACUUACUACUGAUCUAUUGAGCCUCAUAAUUCUGCUUUUGAUUUUCGAGAUAUUAUUUAAUUCCUGGCUGUGUAAGUUAUCUGAGAACACCAGAUGCAAAUGGAACACAGAGGAAAUAUGAAACUGCAAGGGAAACUUCAAGGAAAAAUAAAGUAUCCACUGUAUUUGUGGGAGCACAUAUAGUAAUCACGAGAUGCUCUCACACAAUAUAACUUGUUUUUAUUUCUAACAGUUAAGAUUAAUAAAGAAGUCACAAAAGCAAGAUGUCAUAUUAAAGAGCUGCUAGAGUUACUUGGAUUAACCAUCUACCUUUUUCUUAUAUCCAACCUUGCUCAAUGUUCAGUACCUCAGAGAAUAGAAAGUUUAUCCCUCUCUGAAAAUCCAUCUCCCUACUGCUAAGGGAGAAAAGAAGACAGGAUGAAUCACUGAUUUUUUUUCAGUGAUUCACUGCCAUGAUGUCCCAACUCAAAAAUGCCCAACAUCUGUGUUACCAGUGCGGUGGGUUGGGUACUUGCCAGGAGUCUGAAUGUCACUUAAAUUUGUGUACCCAUUUUAUGUGUUAAAAAAAACCCCCAGAACUGAGUGGAUGCAGCCAUCAUAUUUGCCUGUGUUUGCACUGUGUCUCAUAAAGAGCAGAUUCUUGUUUGAAUUCACCAGCAAGAAAAAUUGGUGUGCUGCCCCCUCAUCCUGCAGGCCAUGAGAGAGAGACCACGUAUCUGAAAUACAGGAAUUGCUCUGUCACAGUGAGCAUGUGAACUGUAUUUUUGAAAUCAUAGUCCCAAUAGAGUUAUUUGCAGAUCAGCAUAAUGUUGGUGGCUAGAAAUGCUAAUGAUGGCCAGUGCUAUGGAAUCUGCUUUUAUAUCCAGCCACAGUAUGUCUUUGAUAGCUUCCUGUAUUAACACAAGGAAACAUCUUGCACUUGUGUAAAAGGAAAGCUGUGCCAAGCUGACAUGUGCUGCUACCCACAAAAAGGAAGCCCUGUUGGAGCUGGAAAUGAUUUAAGAAAGAUCUCAAAAGACAAAUUGAAAUAAGGGAGAAUCAUUAACUGGGCAUCAUCAGCAUGAGAAUAGUCCAGGGUGGCAAAGCUGGCAGGCAGGAUAUUUUUCAGGAGGAUUUAAAAAAAAAAGAAAAAAGCAACAAUUACAGUGCCCUAACUUGUUAGUUCUUAACCAAUGAUAAAAAAAGAUGUUAACAUCUCCAGGUUUUUCUGUGGUUUUCUUAAUAUGGGAACUUAGCAAAAUGCACUGUUAAACGCAUUUUGGAGCUAAUGACCUGACUGAUUACCUCGCUGCCAAUUUAAAAUGUAACAGUAAAUAAUGUAUAGUAAAUUCAGGCCUUAAAGUUUAAUUCUAAUAAAGAUAAAAUAGACUUGUUUUCCUUUGAAAGCCUAAGCUACUGAUCACACAGAAUGCCAGUGUAUGUUUUUAUUUUUCUUGGUAAAUUACUUGCUUAAAAAUUGCCAGGUGGAAAGUGCUACAUAAAUAUUAAGUAAUAAUAUUUUUUACUAAUAGCUUUCUCUGCAUUGAGUUCUCUUGGACAUCUAUGAAGAGAGCUAUGGACUGACCUAGGCAGAGGUGUGUACUGCUCUUCCUUCUCUGUGUUCCCACACUUUUCAGGCUGUAAUGCUUCUUAUUGUUUCUUCAAUUCAAAUGCAGACUUUCUCCUUUCAAUGA